AUGGAAUCCGCGAAAUGUUUGAAAUUGAUCAACAUUAUGGAAUCUGCGCACAAAAUGUUGAACAAAUCAUCGCCAACGGAGAUUCAGAAACGGAUUAAAUUUGGGAUGCAAAAUAUCCGGCUUCUAAACAAAAUUCUGCGAAAGGCUUCAACGAUGGGUGAGAAAACGAAAAUUAUCACAACCAUCGGACUCUUGAAAUCGCUGGCGGAAAAAUUCAAACGUCUUCGGAGAACGGGUGACGGUACGCGGAAACAAAGACGAAGCGAUCGCGUACACUGGGAAGAAUUGGAGUCUGCUUUCGAGGGAAGAAUACGAACCGGAUCCAUCACCAAUUUGAAACAUAAAGACGUAGAGAGGUUUCUAGAAGACGUAAAGUUACUUGCUGUGACAAGACUGAAAAACGCUUUGAAGAAAGCCAGGAGCCUAAAAGUCAACGCUAUCCUGGCUUGUAAAUUCGAAGUAAAGAAGGAUGAUCACACAGUAGAAGAGAACAAAUUCUUUAAUACGAGAAACGAAAUCAUCCUCCAGACAACGGAUAUUAACGAAUGGUUCAUCGGAAAUGUAACAAACCGUUUGUUAACAAAGGUGGAAGAUUUCCAGGAAAAGGAUUCAGGCUGGUCGUUACUUGAAAUUAUCAAUCUUGCCGUCAACAUCAACAAGUAUACACCACUUCGAGGUGGUCUGUAUACCUACACCCCGUUGCCGAAACACAUCAGAGAUAAGAAGGCUGUGGUGAACAUCUCAAACAACGACUCGUAUUGCUUCCUUUGGUCGGUCACCGCAGCUCUGUACCCAGCUAACAACAGAAAUCCCAACAUAACUAGCUCGUAUCCACAUUUCAGCUCAGUGCUACGGUAUGACAGUGUAAACUUUCCUAUGUCUUUAGACAAAAAUGCUAUUUCAAAAUUUGAAAAACUCAACGGACUUUCCAUCAAUGUUUAUGGUAUAGACCAAGAUGGUGGAAAAAAAAGUGAAAUAGUACCGAUUCACUUGAGUCAGAAUAAGUCUGAUAAACCCGUAAUUCAUCUCUUGGCAGUGGAAACCGAAAUGACAGACGAUUACGAUGAUGUUGAUAUGGAAAAUUAUAAAAAAACCUUUCAUUUCGCUUGGAUUCGAAAUUUAUCUCGAUUAAGUAGUUCUCAAAUUUCCACCCGUAAUGGUCAAUGCUUGUUGCAAGCUACUAACAUUCAAGUGUCAGAAAAUAGAACAAUUUACCAAAAUCAUAUUCCUUACAGUAUAGCAUAUUACCUGCAUUGCACCUUUAACGAUUCCAUUUCAAAGUUCAAAAUUAACCGCGGGGAGACUUGCAUCGAAUGGUUUGUGAACGAGUUGGAGGAAUUGGCACACUCGUUAGAAACGUAUUUCAAAACUAUUGUAUGUCAUAUUUGUGAAAAGCCGUUCACGCGCGAAGACGUGAAACACCGUGAUCACUGUCAUUUCACAGGAAGGUACCGUGGUCCUGCGCAUCAAAGCUGUAAUCUUAAUUAUCAAAACUCGCAUACUAUCCCAGUGAUAUUCCACAAUCUGUCGGGUUACGAUUCGCAUUUUUUGAUUAAAGCAUUGGCCACAAGUUUUCAGGGUACUAUUCAGCUUCUACCCGUGAACAAAGAAAAGUAUAUUUCGUUCACAAAAUUCGUUAAAGGAACAGAUGUACAGUUGAGAUUUAUAGAUUCGUACCGUUUUAUGCCCAGCAGCCUCGAAAAAUUGGCAACGUAUUUGAAUGAUAAUCAAAAAGCAAUUACACAUAAAUUUUGCACUAGCUCUGAAAAAUUCGAGUUAUUAACCAGAAAAGGUGUUUUUCCGUAUGAGUAUAUGGAUAGUUGGGAGAAGCUCGAGGACGUAAAGUUACCGCCUAAAGAAAAAUUUUAUUCGAAAUUGAACAAUCAAGGUAUUUCAGAUGAAGAUUACGCACACGCGUGUAAAGUUUGGCAAGCUUUUAACCUUAAAACGUUGGGGGAAUAUUCAGACUUAUAUUUGCAAACUGAUGUUUCUCUGUUGGCUGACGUUUUUGAAAACUUUCGACAAAAUUGUUAUGCAACGUACAACCUGGACCCUUUACAUUGUUACACGGCGCCCGGUCUUUCGUUUGACGCAAUGUUGAAAUGUACCGGUAUCGAACUCGAGCUUCUCACUGACAUAGAUAUGCUUAUGUUUAUAGAAAAAGGUAUUCGAGGUGGUGUGUCCCAAUGCUCUAACCGAUAUGCAAAGGCUAACAAUAGAUACAUGGGAGAUGCUUUCAAUCCAGCGCUCGAAGAGUCUUAUCUCAUGUACUUCCACGUUAACAACUUGUACGGCGCGGCUAUGAGCUUUGCUCUACCAUACAGUUCUUUCGAAUGGAUAUUAGAUUUCAGACAAUUCGAUGUUUUUGCCAUCACAGACGAAGCGGAGUUUGGCUACUUAUUAGAGGUAGAUUUGGAAUAUCCCGAGGAACUGCAUGAAAUGCAUAAAGAUUUACCACUGUGUCCGGAACACUACAUACCUCCCAUCUCAGAAAGUAAGCAGCCGAAAUUGACGGCCACGCUACUUUCCAAGCAAAACUACGUUGUUCAUUACCACGUCUUGAAACAAUGCUUAGAAUUAGGUUUAAAACUAGCUAAAAUUCAUAGAGUUCUAAAGUUCAGACAAACACCGUGGCUCAAAAAGAAGUAUAGAGAUGUCAGGCUGAUCACGGAAUGGGAUGGAAGAUACGGUGCUAGAGAUACUAUAGCCAAACCAAAUUUCCACAGUUGUACAAUCUUUGAUAAAGAUAUGAUAAUAGUUGAAUUGCGUAGAACGACAGUCAAACUCAACAGACCAUUGUAUGCAGGUUUUUCCAUUUUAGAUCUUGCGAAGACCUUUAUCUACGAUUUUCACUACAAGUAUGUUAAAACGAAAUUUGGGCAUCAGGCAAAAUUAAUGUACACUGACACGGAUAGUUUGAUAUAUCACUACACCGUCCCCAACAUUUACGAAUGCAUCAAACAGGACUUAGAUAAAUUUGAUACCUCUGAUUAUCCACCUGACAACGUCUACGGAAUGCCGUUGGUUAACAAAAAAGUUCUAGGUUUGAUGAAAGAUGAGUGUAACGGAAAAAUAAUGGCGGAAUUCAUUGGCUUCUGA